GAGUGGAAGCCGAGGAGGAGUUGCGCGGCAGCUGGAUGGGUAUGGGAGAUGCCUGGCGGUUUCGCGCUUUUUCUGUCUUUUGAUUGCGAAUGGGAGCAGCGCGCUAAGGAGAGUUGCAAGGCGAAUAGCCCGCCAAGGUGCUUCGGUGUGUGGCCAUUGCUGCCGUUCUGCCGCUGAGGGGUGGGCAGCGGUGGCGGGACAAGCAUCCAGGCGGGAUCCAGCGGCAGCAGCAGAGAGAGCUCCACCCUGAUGAUGCAGAGGCCCAGCUUCCAGCUGAUUGCAAGUCCCAGAGCAGGCUGCACCCGCGUCUGCGUGAGGUCUAGAGGGACUUGGCCUGCUCCGCAAAUGAUCCAACUUUGCGGAGGGGCUGGCGAACACAGACAAUGCCAGCCUGGUUAAGGAAGCCGCCAGCACUGCUUAGGCCUGGUUCCCAGGAAGCGCAUUAUUGGGUGCGGAACUUUACCCUUCAGAUGAAGACUAUUUAGGCCUGUUUCCCAGGACGCGCAUUACUGGGUGCGGAACUUUACCCUUCGGAUGAAGACCCCAGAGUUGGGUAUCUCCAAAGUGAUAAUCAAAGAAUUGCUUUGCAUGGGACUUGAGAAAACAUCUUACUGUUUAAGAACAGAGCGUCUAAUUGUCUAAGAACCUGAAUAGAAGGAGAUGCCUUCUGUAUUGAGUGCUAUUUUUGAGAAGUUGGUCAAAGAAGGGGAGAAGAUGGUGGAUUAAUAGAUAAUGGUGACAAUUAUUUUGUAACUCAUAGAAGGACAGAUGUUUAUGUAAAAGUUGAUAGUUUUGGUGGAAACAUGAGCAUGUUUCUGAACUUAUUGUAAAAUAUACAGAGACUCCUAAAAUCACUGCUUAAAUUACACGGGUCUUAUGUUUGGAAAGAGCAAACUUUAGAAGUAUAAUUGUAAAAAUAAUAUCAAACAGAAAAAGGGAAGAGAAAACGAACAUACUAAUCCACUCCAACUGAAAAACAAGGAGAGAGGUGGAGACUCAACACAUGAGGAUGAAUGCCCAGAGAGCCUUAAGAAGGGGCAAGAGGCUGAACUUGGGAGAGAAGAGCAUAGAUCAAAAUAAAAGACACACAAAAGGAGAAAGAGAGGGAAGCUAGGACUUAUGAUGAUGAAGAUGAAUCUAAAUGCUGGUUCAAGUAUGAGCUUUGUUCACCCUAGUGGACCAUCUUGGGUGAUUCCUGGAAUGCUUUCUCAGACUGCAACCCUACCCCGCUGGUAUCCCUGUCCCUAGAGUGUUAGCUACAGAAACCUUUCCAUUGCCAUACUGAGAAAGUGCAGCAGGCAGUGUGCCUGCAGGUCUACAAAGAAACUUCAGAUCAUCUUCUUGAGGGAAAGAAGCUGAAGUGCUACAUAAGAUGCUUGUGCUUCAUAAUGCUCAGAAGCUGCAGAUUCUGUAUAAAUCCUUAGAAAAGAGCAUCCCUGAAUCCAUAAAGGUAUAUGGCGCCAUUUUCAACAUUAAAGAUAAAAACCCUUUCAACAUGGAGGUGCUGGUAGAUGCCUGGCCAGAUUACCAGAUGGUCAUUACUCGGCCUCAGAAACAGGAGAUGAAAGAUGACCAGGAUCAUUAUACCAACACUUACCACAUCUUCACCAAAGCUCCUGACAAGUUAGAGGAAGUCCUGUCAUACUCCAGUGUAAUCAACUGGGAGCAAACUUUGCAGAUCCAAGGUUGCCAAGAGGGCCUGGAUGAAGCAAUAAGAAAGGCUGCAACUUCAAAAUCAGUGCAGGUAGAUUACACGAAAACCAUGCUCUUUAUACCAGAAUUACCAAAGAAGCACAAGACCUCAAGUAAUGAAAAGAUGGAGUUAUUUAAAGUGGAUGAUGAUAACAAGGAAGGAAACUUUUCAAACAUGUUCUUAGAUGCUUCACAUGCAGGUCUUGUAAAUGAACACUGGGCCUUUGGGAAAAAUGAGAGGAGCUUGAAAUAUAUUGAACGCUGCCUCCAGGAUUUUCUAGGAUUUGGUGUGCUGGGUCCAGAGGGCCAGCUUGUCUCUUGGAUUGUGAUGGAACAGUCCUGUGAGUUAAGAAUGGGUUAUACUAUCCCCAGAUACAGACACCAAGGCAACAUGUUGCAAAUUGGUUAUCAUCUUGAAAAGUAUCUCUCUCAAAAAGAAAUCCCAUUUUAUUUCCAUGUGGCAGACAAUAAUGAGAAAAGCCUACAGGCACUGAAAAAUUUGGGGUUUAAGAUUUGUCCUUGUGGUUGGCAUCAGUGGAAAUGCACCCCCAAGAAAUAUUGCUGAUUGAUUCCAUUGUCCAUUUCAAAUCUUUCUUAUCAGUAAAAAAACAUUAAUUCAAACACAAGCAUUGUGAUCUACAUUAGCACAAAAUGCAACUGAUUAUCUAGGAUCUGUGUAUUACUUAAGCUCACCCUUAACAUUUUUACCCUCCUUCUCCUCUAUAUUCUUACAGAAAAUUAGAAGUUCAAUCUUAUGGUCUCAUAAUUUCCUUUAUGAUGACAGACAUCUCAGAAUUAAAAUCACCCAAUGCCAAUCAUUAGUGCCAAGAUAACCCUUUAACGGCAACACUUUCUUAAAUGAAGACAAUUUCUUUCAUGAAAAAAUUCACUUUUAUGACUUGCUUGUUAAAAUAAAAA